UCUCAGCAGCGGUUGACAGGAAACACCACUAGAACCUGCCUACACCCGAAAUCACUUCACUUUGCAGGAGAAAAGCUAACUUUUCAACUCCAACAAGUGAUUUUGUAGUAUUUAGUGAUGUCUGCUGAAGCCUGUCUGGUACCUGCGGAACACUCGAGGCUGUUAAAGUUCUCCUCCGCUCUGUUUUACGCCGGUAGCUCGUUUCUUAUCACCGUGGUCAACAAAACCGUGCUGACGAGCUUCAGGUUUCCCUCCUUCUUGUGUCUGGGAAUCGGACAGAUGAUCGCCACUAUCGUUGUUCUAUAUGUGGCCAAAAUGAGCAAAGCAGUGCAGUUUCAAGAUUUUGACAGAAGUAUUCUCUUAAAAGUUUUCCCUCUUCCUUUGCUGUAUGUUGGGAACCAUAUAACUGGACUUGCAAGCACUAAAAAUCUUAGUUUACCCAUGUUUACAGUUUUACGGAAAUUCACUAUACUGAUGACCAUGGUCUUGGAGGUGCGUAUACUAAGAAAAACAUUUUCCAAGCGCCUGAUCUGCAGUGUUGGAGCUAUAGUCUUUGGGGCCAUGGUGGCUGCAAGUUCUGACCUGGCCUUCGAUGUGCAGGCCUAUACUUUCAUCCUGCUCAAUGAUGCCUUCACGGCUGCCAGCGGUGUCUACACUAAGAAGAAACUUGGUGCUGAGGGCCUUGGAAAAUAUGGAGUGUUGUUUUAUAAUGCACUAAUCAUUGUCAUCCCCACUUUCUUGGCAAGUGCGUUUACUGGAGAUUUGCACAAGGCAGUCACAUUUCAAGACUGGUCGAAAGCCACGUUUGUUUUUUGUUUCCUUAUGUCCUGCAUUAUGGGGUUUGUGCUGAUGUAUUCCAUCGUCCUGUGCAGCUAUUAUAACUCAGCAGUGACUACUGCUGUAGUGGGAGCUGUAAAGAAUGUUGCAGUGGCCUAUAUUGGCAUCUUUGUGGGUGGAGACUACAUGUUCUCAUGGACUAAUUUCAUUGGUCUCAGCAUUUGCAUGUCAGGUGGACUUGUGUACUCGUAUCUCACCUUUAGCAACAAAUCAUCUCAAAGUAACGCACAAGAGACGCAAGAGAUGAAGAUUCACAUUUCAGAAGACUCCUCAAAGAAGUACUCUGUCUACUAGGACACUAUUUCCACCACUCGGUGGCAUAGUUCUGCUUCAUAUUGGAGCACAAUAUUGCUUCUACACUUGUAUUUUUCGGUAUAUUUAAGGUCAAUGAAUGCAUUUCCAUGGUUACUGUACUGGUUCAGUCUAUUCAUACAUCAAUAAACUGACAAGAAGUGCACAUCAA